CGCCGUGACAUCACAAUCAGCUGUUUUGUACGUUCUGUAUUCUGAUCUGCGGAUCAGCUGGGCGAAGCAAUAACAUCACCAACAGUAUCUGCUGGGGAAAAUAACGUACAAGCCGCAGAUCCCACGACUGAAACGUCGUGUAAAUCUGAUUUUACACGCGGAUUUCUUCUAAGAAGAAGGACUUUUUCAUAUUUUUUUGUGAAUUUUACUACCUCAUAUAAACGAAUACCUAAAGCUAUGCUUUAAGAUUUUUGUUGUUGUUGUUGUUGUUUUAUUGUGUGGUCGUCGCGUUUACAACUUGAAUAAUUUUGCAGAUCUUUGCACCACAAACCAAGUGAGACCUUAUAUUGUACUGCUCCUUCUCUGAACUCCAACAACAAAAGGCCAAUACACCUGUGAUCAACCUGCCAUCCGUCACAGCACUGACACAACAGCAGCGUUACAGACUCAAGUCAACACAACAGCAGAUUUACUUCUAUCCGGCAGCUUCUAUCUCUCAGGAAACCGUGUCCUCCGUCAGCCAUGUUCCAGGCGCUCAGCAGUCUGUUCUUCGGCAGUGUGGACGACGUCACUCCAGAGCUGAAGGGACCAAAGCCCUGCGUGACCGAGGCUGAUGAAGAGGGAUGGCUCCUGGUCAACCUGCCCGGCGAGGACGGGCCAGAGGCAGCAUCAGUAGCCUGCGCCCGUCCCCGCUCUGAAUGUCACGCUUCUCCUCCUACCUGCAAAAACCGCAGGAGUAGAGCAGGCAGGACGCAGGCCACACCUCCUCUGUCCGCCUGCUCCGCUCCUGAUCCCGCCUCCUUCUCCCACCUUGAGUCAGUAGAAGUGAAUGUGUUGUUAAGCGAGCGGGGCUCGUGCUCCUGUAGUGACUGCAGCAUGGAUGAGAGCUGGUUUGUCACCCCUCCACCCUGUUUUACUGCAGAGGGAGCCACGGCGGAGGCUAGUCCCAUGGAGGACCUCCUCAUCGAGCACCCCAGCAUGUCCGUGUACGUCUCGCCCGGCCCUCUCCCUGCCAUGGAGGAGAGCGCCACCAGUCUGGCUGGCAGCAUCAGGAUGUCUGAAUCAGCAUUGCCCGCUGUGACCAGGAGCAGUUUACCCACACGGGUGACCAGGGGAGCAGCCGCACAGGCCGGUGCCCUAGCUAAAGUCACCCAGGUCUCCAGGGUCCAGAGGGCCAAAGCCCGCACUGAGCGUCGCCACCUGGGACGCAAUCGCAUGCAGCGCCAAAACCGCGUGCGUGAGCAGGUUCAGCGGCGCGCAACCCACACCCGCAACUCCUUCCUGCACCAGCCGUGCCAGCGCAACAUCUGCCACUGAGGCGUCAAAGUUUACAUGGAGGGCAUUAUUACACAUUUCCCAAUGAAACCCCUAUCUUCUCAGCUGUCUUUUAAAGUCCUCCUCUUGCAUUUAUCGUUUGUUUUUUUGUCAAUUAUCUUAUUCAGUUUUCUGUUAAUCAAGCUUGUCCUUAAGCACAAGCCCAUUUAUCUGUUUUAGGGGUUCCCAAACCUGCUCAUAAAGGGCCACUGUCCUGCACAGCUUUGCUCCUGCCUUAAUUUCACACCUGUACCAGCUGAUCAAGGUCUUAGGACUUACCACAAACUUGUAGACAAUGGUGUGUUGGUGUUGGCUGGAGAUCAAAUCUGCAGGACACUGUCCCACCAGAAGCAGGAUUGAGUACCGCUGAUCGUUAUCCUCUUCCUAAUCUUAUCUAACAGCUCACCACCAAGCACAAUUACUCCGUUAAAGAUCACCCAUGUAGUUACCCAAAUACUCAUGCACCUCCUGUGUGUGUUUGAAACACCUAAUUCAGUUUCCCAGUCUGGGAACAUAGCUGAAAAGAACACAUGUAAACGCUGCAGUGUUACAAACAACAUCCCUCUAAAUCAGUGGUCACCAAACUUGUUCCUGGAGGGCCGGUGUCUUGCAGAUUUUAGCUCCAACCCUAACCAAACACACCUAAACAAGCUAAUCAAGGUCUUACUAGGUAUACUUGAAACACCCCGGCAGUGUGUUGAGGCAGGUUGGAGCUAAACCCUGCAGGGCACCGGACCUCCAGGAACGAGUUUGGUGACCCCUGCUCUAAAUGUACGACACUUGAAUUGGCGCUGUUCAAUAACAUGAUUUGGUUUAUUUUUCACAAAAUGCGAAAAGAAAGAGCCAGUAACCGAAUGCUUUAUUGGAGCAUUACUAUAUAUUUGUAGCUAGUAAAAUGGAAAGUUGACUUGAAAACAACAAGAAUGAGAAGUAUGUGGAUAAACGUGGGAGCAAGAACUUGAAUAAAAAUGCGUGAGAGUUUCCAGAUGAAGACAAAUCUAGAAGGGAUAUACUUGUAAAGAGGUCGUUUCAGAGGAGACGUUGAUGCCUGAUCUUGAAUAUAAAGGUGCUAACUUUCAAAA